GGGUGAACAGAAGCCUGCUUCUCUCCAUCUCCGCUGCUGGCUGCUGUGCCGUCCCUUUACGCGGAGAGCAUUACGCGUCAGUGGACUAUAGAGUGAGGACCCCGCACAACGCCGCACGUUUUCGUCCCUACAAACCUUUAUCGAUAGGUCCAGCCGGGGCUGCUUUGGACUUAAGGGCAUCCCUGCGUUUUCCGAGAAGUCUGGACAACUACUCAUCUCCCUCCAUCCCUGCCCUUUUUUUCUUCCAAACCCUUGGAUCUAUAGCUCUCGAAAACGCGCGCGCUCCUCUGCUGAAACAAAAAAAAUGCAACCCGGACGCAAAUCGUGUUGGAGGCAAUUGCAGGCGUCUUUUUUCAGACUGCUAUGUCUUAUCCCCACAGGAUUCCCCGUCCGGAGUGUGGAUAUGCAGCGGGCCACCGACAACAUCACCAUCCGCCAGGGCGACACGGCGAUCAUAAGGUGUUACGUUGAUGACAAAGUGUCCAAGGUGGCCUGGCUCAAUCGAUCCAACAUCAUCUUUGCCGGCCAGGACAAAUGGUCCCUGGACCCCAGAGUAGAUCUGGUCACUAAAGGACAACUGGAGUACAGCCUGCGCAUACAGAAGGUUGACGUCUAUGAUGAGGGCUCAUACACCUGCUCCAUACAGACCAAGCAGCAGCCCAAGACCUCACAGGUCUACCUCAUCGUACAAGUUCCUGCCAACAUCUACAAAGUGUCAGAGGACAUCAUAGUGAAUGAGGGCAGUAAUGUGACACUCAGUUGUUUGGCCAAUGGCAGACCAGACCCUGCAAUCACCUGGCGGCUGCUCAACCCUUCAGCAGAGCCGCUGGACGGAGAAGAGUACCUGGACAUUAUAGGUAUCAUGCGAAACCAGGCGGGUCGUUACGAAUGCAAGGCCAGCAACGACGUCGCCACGCCGGAUGUCAAAUACGUCAAUAUGGUUGUGAACUAUCCUCCGACAAUAAAGAAAACCCAGAGCUCAGAGACUCAGGUGGGCCGCAUGGGGACGCUGCAGUGUGACGCCACCGCUGUGCCCACACCAGAGUUCGAAUGGUACAGGGACGAAAAAAGGCUGUCCAAUGCCCAGGGCAUCAAUAUCCAAAUCCUUGGCACCACCACGAUUCUCAUGCUUGCCAAUGUCACCGAAGAGGAUUAUGGGAACUAUACCUGUGUGGCCUCAAACCGACUGGGCGUCCAGAAUGCCAGCCUUUUCCUCUAUAGACCUGGGACAGGUCGAGAUAUCAACGGCGCCGCCUGCGUUUCUCGAUCACUGUGGCUCCUGCUGGCCUCCAUCGCCUGCCUUUUUUUCAAGUGUUAAUACCACUGUCCUCCUCCUCCUCUCCCCCAUCACUGCCUUCCUUCCUCCCUUCCUCCCUCCCUUCCUCCCUUCCUCCCUUCCUUCCUUCCUUCCUUCCUUCCUCCCUUCCUUCCUUCCGCCCUCCUCCGCCUCCUCCUCCGCCUCCUCCCUCUCUCCAGCUCACCGACAUCCUUACUGCUACCUUAUUACCAACUCUACCGCCCUUCUAGACUGUUUGCAUCACGAUAUGAAAAACCUUACAUGCUCUCAAAGCACUGCUUAGAGAUGUGACGAAAAGCGACGGGGGUUGCCAGUCAAAUGUUUUUAAGAACAACGCCAGAAACGGUGAAAUGAAGGACAGGACAAGCAAACAGUGCUCUUUUAAAGAAAUGCAUUGCUCUUUUUGAUUCGUAUGCACUUCUUUGUUUCUGCUAUAUCUCGUCUUUGGGGUCUGGAUCGGGUCUGGGAUUUCUUGUAUUUUUUGUCUUCAUGCGAAUGAAAGCAGAGGCACUCCGCUCACAGAGAGGCCAACAAUCACUUGUCUCUAGACGUACUGAAGACAUAUAUUUCUUCUUACUCCCUUUAUGUUAAUUGUAGAUUUAACCGAGUGUUUAACCAGUGCAUUAAUGUGCAACAUGCAAAGUAUCUGCCAAAUAUACAUACACUGUAGAUUUGAAACUAACAGGUGCAGAAAUCAAAGGAGCAGCUGAUUCUGUAAUGAGAUUAAGUCUUGAUAUUAAAGUCUGUACAACCGUAAUCUGAAGCUACUAAAGCGAAACACAGAUACACAGCAGUCGUUAAAGUUGUUUCUAGAUGCAGCAGUCACUUGGGUUGUCGCCGUCCAGCCCAGAAAUUGACGAUGAAGCGAAUAGAUUCGACUUGGUCCUACAGAGCUAAACCACGUGGAGAACGAACCUGAAGAAAUGUUGGUAUUAAUUUGUUGAUGGAUUGCUACGUCCUCAUUCACUGUUUUUUUAACCACUCGCCAUUACUCCAAAAAUAUUCCUCCUUAGUUUUUCAGCCGGACUCUCCCUUCAAAUAACGAAAAACAGAGUAGGUUAUACUGACACGUGCUGUACAUAGUAAAAUUUUGUAUUUCUCUAUGAUAAGGCAACUUGCUCUGCCACUGAAACAACAGGAAACCGAGGAGAUUGUUGCAGCCUAUGUUGCUUGUGCGACGACCCACCGGCCACUCUGCGUGGCCUGUCUCCGCUCCACGGCGGGCGGCGCCGCGUUCAGCUCCACACACUCUACCAUGAGACGCGUUUGCUCUUAGUUCAUGAGUCUUAGGAUCAUUCUCCUAUUCUGCUGGUAUUUGGAUUAAAAAAAAAAAGUAUGACACCAAUGAAUGACUUACUUUUUAGUUUUUUUUUCUCUCUUUCAAAGAACUUUGUGUGUUUUAAUAUGAAAUGAUACAGAAAAUUCAUAAUAUAUUGAUAUUGAGGUUAUUUUUUUCUGUCUUUACCUCAUUCAUUUUAGUUGUGUGUGUGUGUGUGUGUGUAUAUAUAUACUUGAAUCCAAUCUCCUCAGACUAUAUGAAAGUGUGUCCAUGUUUCUGAAUAGGGUAGCAAUUUGUUGCGGAUGAAUAACCUGUAGAUCUUUCGAACUGGUGACCCUGUUCUGUAACGUGAACUGAAGCCCAUUAUACAUUGAUAUUUUCAAACAAAGGUAAAAAGGAAAUUGUUUUGUGCAGCUACUCUUGCACCUAUCUUGAGAUGAUACAAGUGCUGGCUUACAGAAAUACAGGGAAUGGAAUAUUAUGUUGAACCUGUAAUGCUUGUCCAUGUACCAGGACUUAAUAUGAGAGCAGCAAAGAAAGCAAACAAUGUCUAUUCCCCUCAAUGGCCUUUGAGGCCACUGUACUGAUGGGCUCCUUCAACAAAAGAAAAACCAUUGCAUUACAUCUCUUAGAGCAAAUCCUUGCUUCAAACCUUUGCCAAUACUUCAGCUGGUCAACAAAUGUAUUUCUUUAUGAACAAAGUGAGUAGUACCGGGUCGACAUUUUGUGGUACUCACAACAACAGUGCAAUUCCUCCAGGAAACAGCUCAAAGGUCGUUGCUGCUGUGAUGAGGAUUGCUGAAACUGUGCACUAUUAGCUGCCUUCUCUUUCGCCAUUUUGUUUUUUGACCCGCUGUAAAGGUGACUAAUAGCAUACGGACUCUGGCGCCCAGCUCAGCCCCACAACUGGAUGUGUGUUCACGUCUCCGCUCCUCUAACAACCAAGCCGAGAUAGUACUAGUACUGUAAAACACACGUGUAAUUAAUGUCAUCCUAUGUCAUCAUACAUUAAAAGACUUGUUCCCAGUGUUUUCAUUGUACAAUGCUUCUGAGACCAAGGCUGUGUGACUUUGUGGUGUUGGUAAUGCCAGUUCGUCUGUCAUCUCUAUCAGUCACAACGAAUACCGAAAGCUACCUGUCCUCAUGCUUUCACCAUCUUGUCACAUUUAUAUUUACAACAGAAGAAAUCCCUCUGGUGUACCUCUUCUUAUGUAGAUUAACUGGACUCCGGAUGCUUCUGUACUGCCUUGGUAUCUCUGCAGGCUACCUAGUAAGAAUGCUAGUUUAUCGGCUACAGCUAUCUUGCAGCAACAAGACGUGAACGAUCUGGUAGCUGUGGCUAAACAGUUCCUCACGUCACAAUCAGUUUGCAUGAGAGCAAGUCUGUGCUACACGUCUAUUCCAGUAAGUCUGUCUGUCUCAGUGUGUCUCAUUAAAAAAAUUGAAAUGAAAAAAGGAAUAAAAAAGAAACACCUCAGGGCAGAGCGAGGCUGGCCUUGGGCAGACUCUCAGACAAACUCAAAUGUGGGGCCUUUUUGCUGCAGGAGACCCUGGCACACAACCAGAGCGGGGUCGAAUAUCGUCAGAUUGUGCUCAGCAUUUAUUUUAACCUGCUUGGGAUGCAUGAUGGGUAGAACGCGGCGCAUCAAGGCGGAUGGCGUGAGGAGAGAUUUUAAAAGGGCAGUGAAUUGAUCGUUCAUUGUUUCAGCCUUGGUACCAUUCAGGUGAUUUUCAUACGAGGCAAACCUCACUAAUGUGGAUGUCCGAGCGUGUCCAUGCAUAUUAAAACCAGCUAAUAAGCACUGACUAAUGUACAACAACCACUUAUAUAUAAAAGCCAUGGAGAUCUAUCUUAUCCAUGAAGCAGAGAAGAGGGAGUGUUGUGUUUCCAUUGCUCAUAGAGACCAUCAGCCAGCCUACCCCCUGUAGACACACCUGAUAUCUACUGAAGACUGUAGAAGCAGCUUUUACUAUUGACCAUUGCCUCAAAACAUAAUUGUUUCACUGUACAAAACUGGCUUAUGUGCGUGUGUGCUCAUAAGAUUCAGUUUGUUCUUAUUAACCUACCUGGGAAAACAUACAUACAUGAGGCAUGAGAUACAUGACAGAAAACAUCAUUUCUUACUUUCCACUGAGCUGUGGUCACAGCGGUGACACUCUAUUUUAAGUUGAGAUUAUUUUUUUUCUUUUCUUUUCCGCCAUAGUGUGUAAAUAUAGUAUGAUGUUUCUACAGUAGAAUGUUGUAAAGUCAGCAGAUCCAUAAGAUCGAGUUUAUACCAGUCAAAAUUUAAAGAUUUAAUCUGCAAAUGUAACUAUCAUGUUUGUACUUCCCUUUGUCGCAGGGAAUUAAGACUCAAUCAUGGAUUACGACACAGCAAUGUUCUGUUUCUUUUCUAUUUUAUUUUACUUUAUUAUGGCAUAAGGUAAUUGCAGUCAGUUUCUAAAAAAAAUAUAUGUAAUAAAGGUAUAUGAGAAAAUGUUCAUUACACAAAAUAAAGUUGUUUGAAUUCAGUGUUCUGUAUUUGAAUGUGGCUUGAGAUGUUUGGGGCAAGUAAGCUCUUUUUUCCCCUUUUCUUCAGAGCUUGGAACACACAGAAACUUAAUGGCACUGUUGUGUUAAUCACCAUGUAAAAUGCAAAUAAAAACAAUAUAUGAAUUGU